CAAAUGUGCUCUUUGGUGCGAAAGUUGCAUACCCGCAGAAGUUGUUGCUGCUGUUGAUGUGAACACUACUGCCAAUGAAGUCUACAAACACAAUUUUCCAAGUACACCUUUGUGGGCAAAGACAAUUGAGGGCAUAACACUGAAGGAGUUCAACAGAUUAUCUUUUGAUAUGAUUUUGAUGAGUCCUCCCUGUCAGCCAUUUACAAGAAUUGGCCUGCAAGGUGAUGUAUCUGAUCCAAGGACAAAGAGUUUUAUUUAUAUCCUUGACAUUCUCCCAAGGCAGGUUGUUCCCAUGAAGCAGCAGUUUCUACAGACACCACAACAAAUGAGGGGAGCUGUUUCUGCAGAGUUUACCAGCUCCAACAGGUUAGACGAUAUUCUUAUAUACACCAAUGCAAGACCGCUGACACUCCACCAGCUUCAGUGGAGCCAGAUUCUGAUGCAGUUUGUUAGGGAAAUGUUUCAUCACUUAAACGUGAUUCUUGAUAUUGCAUUCCAUGGUCAACACAAGACACAAGUUAUUUUGCCCUGUAGCAGGCUAGAAAGACUGCCAAAAUACAUACUUUUAGAAAAUGUCAAAGGAUUUGAAACCUCUUCUGCCAGAAAUGAAUUUGUACAAACUCUAGAGGCAUGUGGAUUUAAAUAUCAAGAAUUUCUCUUGUCUCCAACUUGUCUUGGCAUUCCAAAUUCUAGACUGCGAUAUUUUCUGAUUGCAAAGCUUCAUUCAGAGCCAUUUUCCUUUCAAGCUUCAGAUCAGAUAUUGACAUAUUUCCCAGAUCAGGAGUCAAAUAACUCAGUGAAGUACAAAGUUCCUCUAGGCUUAGAAAAGGACAAUUCAUCCACACUUGCUGAAGAGGAAAACCUUGUGCCAAACUCUGGUUUUGAUUGUGGUGAGAGGCAGUGUUCACCAAAGGAAGCCUUUCUUUUUAAACUUGAAACAAUGGAAGAGAUGAAAAGAAAGCAGAACCAGGACAAUGAUUUCUCUAUGCAAGUACUAAAAGACUUCCUUGAAGGGGACAGUGAAAAAAUGAGCCAGUACUACUUGCCACCCAAAUCCUUACUUCGCUAUGCUUUCCUAUUAGACAUUGUUAAACCCACCUGCAGAAGGUCCACAUGCUUCACAAAAGGGUACGGACACUAUGUAGAAGGAACAGGCUCAGUGCUGCAGACAGCAGAGGAUGUGCAGCUUGAGUCAGUGUUCAAAUUUAUUGAGACAUUAUCAGAAGAAGAGAAGCUUAAGAAACUGUCAACGCUAAAAUUGCGAUACUUUACUCCUAGAGAAAUAGCCAAUCUCCAUGGAUUCCCUCCAGAAUUUGGUUUUCCUGACAAGAUAACAGUGAAGCAGCGCUACCGUCUCCUAGGAAAUAGUCUCAAUGUACACAUUGUGGCUAAACUGAUUUCACUUCUGAUCAGAUGAUUUUGAACCUGAAUUUGAUGAGGAGUACUUCUGUCAGGCCUGCUAACUCAGAAUAUAACUUCCUUUGAGUAACAUAGUGACGCUGAUAGCAGCUUUACAAAAAUAAUUGCUAACUCAAAUCUCUGUCUGAAAUGGCUAGAUAUAUUCUGCUGAACAUUGUUUUUGAACAUUUGAGCUGAUAUUUGUGUUUGAAUAUUUGAGCUGUUGGAGCAUACAGGUGCACUAUUAAAUGUAUACUGCCAA